AUGUUUGCCGACAUACAAAAGACUCCAACACCAGAUGAAAAUAUUCAGCAUAGAAUGGAAGUACUGAAAGAAAAUGUACGCAAAUACAAUAACCCUUUUUACUUACGACCAUAUAACGUUCAAUCUUUGGCUGAACUCGGUGAAAAUAAAAGGUUAAAUUUCAACAAAACAUAUAGAAAUGAAACAUUGUUUAAAGUUCAUUCAGAACCUAACCAAUAUGGAAACAAACCUACUUUUGUUUCUGCAGACUAUGGAACUACAAUGAGAUGGGGUCAUAAAGCUAACCCGGAUAGGUGGUUCAUAAACUUACAACCACAAUUCCAAGAAGUUGUAGACGCAAUGGAAGUGAAUGGUGAACCAGAUAUAGCUGGUAUUUUCAGCGCGGCUUUAAUGCCAUUGAAAGAUAUGAAACAUGCAGAUAUUUUGGACCAGUAUGAAAUGAACAUGGCUGAUGGAAAUAUAACACCUGACGUUCUAGAACAUUUAUCUCAAAGAACUACACAGAACCAUAAAGAUGGUAUAUUUGGUGAAGAGUUUAGAAAGAAAGUUAGGGAUAGAGAAGGAAGAGAACCUAUUGUACAUGACCUUGCAAACGAAAGUUUACAAAAUGUCAUAAAAACUUACUUUGCAGACAAUGAACCGAGAAGGGAUGAAUAUUUAAGAAAACUCAAAUGGACAGUACCAAAUGAAAUGUUAGUAUUGAAAAACAUGUUCCUUGACAAAAUAAAACCAACUACAGAAAUAAAUGACCCAAGACUGAAACAUUGGGUAAAAGCUUUCCCAUUCACAAAAGAUAUAAUUGGUAACAUGGAAAGAAAACCAGAAUGGCUACAAAAACAUAUAUUUGGAAACGAGCUUAUUCCAUAUGGACAAGCUCUGUUUGAAGAGCUUGAACCGGAAACUCAGGAAAGAGUCAUGCAAACAAUACGCGAAGACUCAAAUACAAACUAUGACAAAAUCUUUCUAGGAUAUAGGUUACCUGAGAUGGGCGACCAGAGCCCAAAGGCAAAAAGGACAUGG